GCGGCGUCUCAUCUUGUUCGUUGAUUCACCAAUCUCGUCUGCUCCGAUCUCAUAUGUCGCUUCGGCUUGCUGUUCUCGGAGAUGUGGAGAAAUUCGCGUAACUUUUCUCUCAGGCUUGCCUUCUCGCCCUUAUCGAAUCCUAAUCCCAAAUCCACUUUCGUCUUCUCUGGCCUUUCUUCUUUCAACUAUGGCGUCGGAAUCGCUGGAUCGGUCACUCGCCCUGAGUUUUACUCGGCCACCUCCACUGCAAAGCCUAUAUCUUCAGGUCGGUUGAUAGAAAUUCCGAAGAUCAACGGCGUUGGAACUCCAAAGUUCGCUUCUUCCGCUGCGGGCAUCAUACAUGCUUCCUCUGCGUCGGAAGCGUCGGUUUCUGGACUCAGAAGUGCGGCGAAUUUCGCUCGGUUUUAUGGAAGGUGCUAUUAUGAGUUGUCCAAGGCCAGACUUAGUAUGCUAGUUGUUGCUACCUCUGGAACUGGAUAUAUUCUUGGUAGUGGCAGUGCCAUUGAUUAUUUUGGUCUCUGUUCCACAUGUGCUGGAACUAUGAUGGUCGCAGCAUCUGCUAACUCCUUAAAUCAGGUGUUUGAGGUAAAAAAUGAUGCCAAAAUGAAGAGGACAAGUCGAAGACCACUGCCAUCAGGGCGUGUCAGUAUACCUCAUGCAGCCACCUGGGCAUGUGGUGUGGGCACAGCUGGCACAGCUUUGUUAGCUAUCCAGGCCAAUGCAUUGACAGCUAGUCUGGCAGCUUCAAAUCUGUUUCUAUAUGCUUUUGUUUACACUCCUUUGAAGCAAAUUCAUCCAAUAAAUACAUGGGUUGGAGCUGUUGUUGGUGCUAUCCCACCUCUUCUUGGGUGGGCUGCAGCUUCUGGCGAAGUUACUCUCAAUGCUUUUGUUCUCCCUGCUGCCCUCUAUUUUUGGCAAAUACCUCAUUUCAUGGCCUUAGCAUACUUGUGUCGCGAUGAUUAUGCUGCUGGAGGAUUCAAAAUGUUCUCUUUUUAUGAUCCAUCUGGCCGACGAACAGCAUUAGUGGCUUUGAGGAAUUGUUUAUAUCUAUUGCCACUGGGGUAUUUUGCCUAUGAUUGGGGCAUUACAUCCGGAUGGUUUUGUCUCGAAUCAACUCUGCUCGCCCUAGCCAUAACAGGAACAGCUCUUUCAUUUUACAAAAACCGCACAACUGAAAAUGCUAGAAGGAUGUUUCAUGGCAGCCUUCUGUAUCUUCCUGUAUUCAUGUCAGGUCUUCUUGCCCACCGCAUUUGUUCUGACGAGCAGUUAUUGGAUGCACAACUCUCGUCUUCUUCAAAAGAACUGGUAGAGGAAAUUGACAUCAACCGUUUAAGAAAACCAAAGCAUAGUUCUCAAUCACGGCCACCUGUAGCAUAUGCAUCGGCUGCUCCAUUUCCUUUCUUGCCAGCACCUGAAUAUGCUGCCACCUUCUAAAUUGAAGCGCUCGGGUUUCUUCGAGUCUGUCUGAGUUGGAGGAGAUUCAGAAGACAAAAUAUGUUACCAGUUUUUAAGACGAUCCAAGGAAAUAUUUAUUUCAUGGAGUUGGAAUAAAAGUUGCAAGUGAGAUGACUCGCCAACUUAUAAUUUGAUGCGUUUAUUUUGGAUUCAGCUCGAUAAUAGAGGAAUUUGAUUUUGAAUGGAAAACCAAACUUGGUGUAUGUAGCAACAAUAAAGGAUUGGAAACAGAGUGAGCUAUAUUUAUUAUCAAAGAAAAUUUUAUUU